GUGCGUGACAGUGUUGAAGAAUGUUUGGAUAGACGUCUCGUUAAGGAGAGUGGCGCAUAUACGGCAGACGAUGCACCAGUUCCUUUGCAGUGUCUUCAGUGAUUUGUUUGUACUGAUUAAUUGUCAUGACUGGUCAUUAGUGUCGUUGUUACUGUUAUUAUUAGUGUUGUUAUUGGAAGAUUCGCGAGUUUAA